CUGUAUGUUAGCCACAAGUUACCUUCUCCCUUCUCAUUGCAUGGCGAGUAGUGACUCCUAUGACGAUGAAGGAGUCUCUUACGACGUGAAACACUUGUAGAGCCUGGUAUAGGUAAAUCUAUAACCUACUGGUGUAGGUACUGGAAUAGUCGCUAUAGUUUUCAAGAUGGGUAGAGGGUGCGCUCGCGAAGUAGAUUCAACCGACACAGAUACUGCUGAUGAGGAAGGAAAAUAUGGUGAACCUGUAAAGUUUGAUCCCACUUUUCAUGGACCAAUUAAAAAUAGGAGUUGUACAGACGUGAUAUGCUGCUUCCUAUUUGCCUGUUGCAUUGUUGGAUGGAUUACUAUCGGUGUUUUAGGUCUGUCUCGAGAAAUGCCCUACAACAUACUUUACCUACGUCGAUCCAUUGGCCGAGAGAAGCGACUGUAUUUGCAAAUAUCACAUAGAUCCAAUCACUGAUGAGCGGACUAUAGAGGAGAUGGUAAAAGCUGAUGAUUGUGCACCCUACUACGUGGAAAGUUCAGAGUUCAUUGAUAGAUGUAUCCCAGCUCUAGCUGAAGAAGCUGUUGAUGUCAUCUUAGAGAUUGAUGGAUCGAUGGCUACUGAUAAAGAUGGUGAAAAUGUCACCUAUGGCCUCAUUUACGAGGGUACCAAAUAUAUGUCAGAAGUUCUAAAUUUGCAAGAAUUUAGCCAAAAAGUCUUUCAGGACUUUGUAGAAUCUUGGUGGAUAAUUCUGAUUUCAAUAUUCAUAUCCAUGGUGAUUUCUUGGUUGUGGAUCUUACUGAUGCGCUGCAUUGCUUGGCUCAUUAUCUGGUUGAGCCUUAUUUCCUUAGUUGGUCUGUUAGGAUUUGGAUGCUAUUACUGCUUCAAGACAUAUUCUGAUCUGGAGGGUGUGCCAGACUCUGACUUAUCCUUUACUGAAAUUGCAUUCACGACUAAUUUGAGUGCCUACCUUGCACUCCAGGAUACCUGGCUGGCAUUUGGUAUCAUCAUUUCAGUUCUUCUCGUCAUCUUACUGCUAGUGCUCCUCUUCCUGCGCACACGAAUUAUGCUGGCUAUUGAACUGAUUGGUGAAGCAAGCAAAGCUGUUGGCCAUAUGAACUCUACACUGUUUUUCCCACUUAUUACCUUUUUAUUGGAGGCGGGUGUGUUUGUCUUCGGGGUGGCGACUGCUGUGUUUCUGGCAUCGUCUGGAAAGCAACAGAGUAUGGUCGUCAAUGCGGAGCUGAACUGCUGUGGUGACUAUAAGAAUGGCAGCUUCUGUAAUUCAACAGACUUCAAUGAGAAAUAUGGCGAUACAGGUGCCAAGUGUAUGUUCAUUGGUUAUGGAGGUGACUUCUACAACGACAACUUGUUUUGGUUUCAACUUGCCAGUCUCUUCAUGUGGUUGUGGAUGAUGUAUUUUGUCAUAGCUCUUGGCCAGAUGACAUUGGCCGGAGCUUUUGCAUCCUAUUAUUGGGCGUGGAACAAGCCAAAGGACGUCCCAACGUUUGCCGUAACAGAGAGCUUCUGGAGAUCACUGAGGUAUCACUUGGGUUCGCUUGCAUUUGGCUCACUUCUUAUUGCCAUAAUGAAGUUGAUACGGAUAUUUCUUGAGUACAUUGACUACAAGCUGAAAGCAUCUGAAAACAUGCUGGCAAAGUUCUGUAUGAAGUGCCUGAAAUGCUGUUUCUGGUGUCUGGAGAAGUUCUUGAAAUUCAUCAACAAGAAUGCCUACAUCAUGAUCGCUAUAUAUGGCAAGAAUUUCUGCACCUCUGCUCGUACUGCUCUGUUCUUGAUCAUGCGGAAUGUGGUGCGAGUCUUUGUGCUGGACAACGUUACUGACUUCUUACUGUUCAUUGGAAAACUCAUGGUCGUUGGAGCAUUAGGGGUUUUCUCUUUCUUCUUGUUCACUGGUGGUUUGAACGCUUAUAUGCCAGAUGUUAUAGUGGACCAAGUGCCUAACCUCAAUUACUACUUUAUUCCUGUAAUUGUAAUUACAAUUGGAGCCUAUCUCAUAUCAUCCGGGUUCUUUAGUGUUUAUGGCAUGGCUGUGGACACGCUCUUCCUCUGCUUUGUUGAAGAUUGCGAGAGGCAUGAUGGAUCAGAAGAGAAACCAUACUACAUGUCGAAAAGUCUCAUGAAGAUCUGUGGCAAGAAGAACAAGAAACCAAAGAGAAAACCGAAGUAGAACUACGGAAAUAGACCAGGUUCACUUACAGUUCCCUUCUAUGUGUGUACAUUGGAGAAUUCACCUACAGGGCAUCAUAAAUAAUGUCCAAAUCAAGUUGAUUGAUUAUAAAUAUUCCAAAGCCAGCAAGCAGUAUUUUUCCAGCUUUGUGACCAAGGUAAUCGGUUAAAUUUAUUGGUGGAAUAAAACUUACUUUCAUAUGUAUGGCCCAUGCAGAUUCAUUGAAAGGUGGGCUUGUAUUCAUAUGAAUCUAUGUAUAUAUAUUUUCUGCUUCUCGCACAUGUGUCUACCUUGUGUUGAUUGAAAACCAAUGUUUUGUCGUUGCCAAUUUUCUGUUUGAACGCACAAAUGCAUUGCGUUCGCUUUCUUGCUUGUUUUCUGGCAAUGGGAUGACAAUGAUAGUACUAAGUGGACGUUUCAUGUUUAUGAAUAGCUUUUAAACAUUCCUGAAAACUAUUGAUUAUAUUUGUAAUAAUGUGUUUAUGUGAAAUUAUGUAAUGAUGAAUAUUAUUAUUAUUAUUAUUAUAGCAUUUUAGAAAUCUAAAGUUCAAGAAAUUUUAUGGAUACUAUCAGGAGUUAAUAAAACCAAAUUCAUUCCUGAAAUUAAUGGUUUUAUUCACUUCUAAUACUAUUAAUGCUCAACCCAAUGAUACUUCCCAUAGCACAUUGUAAUAUUAUAUUUUAAUAUAUUUGUAAUGGUAUAUAUAUAUAUAUGUACCCAUUACUGCUAAAUUCGAAUGGAAUCUAUUUUCUGUGUAAUUGCGUGUUGUGUGUUUGCCAAUUGCAUGAUAUCAUCUAAGUGUAAAUCGCCCUGAUGCUUUAAUUAAUUUUGAUGUAUGGCAGUUAUAACAUGUAAUUUGUUCCCCCAACAUUCAAUAUGUCAUUCCACAAAAUCUUCGUAACAUUGUUGCAAUAAAUCGCUGUAAAAUUCAAGUAA